UGUAUGAAAUUUAUGAAACUUUAAACAGAGGUUAUCAAAACUGGUAUACAUUCUUCUUCAGUAAAUAAGACUACAACACUACAUGGAUAAAAUCUCUAAAGGAGAGAAGAAUGAAGGAACAAAUCUGAAUAGAAAAAAUGUAGACGGAUAUAUAUGUGCUAAGCCCCCGGACGGAGGAUGGGGUUGGGUCGUGGUGUUCAGUUCGCUGAUGUGCAACAUUCUAGUUGACGGUAUAGGACUUGCCUAUGGUGUAUUGUUACCUAAAUUUGCAGAAUACUUCCAGACCUCCAAGAGUAAAGUAUCCCUGGUUGGAUCGUUGCUGAUAGGAAUGUAUUUAUGUGCAGGUCCAAUAGUUAGUGCGUUGGUGAACAAGUUUGGAUGUCGUCCGGUUACAAUCGCAGGAAGUAUAGUGGCUGCCGUUGGUUUUAUUGUCGGAUCAUUCAGUCCAAAUCUUGAUGUACUUAUUUUGACAUAUGGUGUAAUUGGAGGGUUCGGUUUUGGAAUGGUGUACCUACCCUCAAUUGUAAGUGUGGGGUAUUACUUUGACAAAAGGCGCCCUCUUGCAACAGGUAUUGCAGUGUGUGGUUCCGGGAUAGGUACUUUCAUAUUCUCACCGUUAUUGGAAUAUUUGUCAGAAGUUUACGACUGGCGAAACUUGCUUCGAAUUAUGGCUGGAAUAAUCCUAAAUGGGGCAGUUUGUGGGAUGUUGAUGAGACCAAUUAAACCAAAGAAUAACCAAAAUAUGUUGGAAAGUUCAUCUGAUAUUAGCUCAGAUUCAGGAAUAAAACUUGAUAAGAAAAGGCUGGACUCAAGUUCUGAUGCCAACUCCGAUGUAACGAAAUUCGACGAGAAAAAAACUGAAAUAGAAAUAGACAGCUAUAGUGAUAAUGUAAACGAAGAGUUUUCUAAAGAAGGAAUUCACAUUCGGGAAGUCCAACCCUUUAUUCAAGUUGAACGGAAUCAAAAUGUUCCCCGGAUAAAUAGACGAUCCAGUUCAUUGAAUGAUUUAUCACAGUUUCAGAGGUCUGAACACACCGCUUAUCGCGAUCGAAUGAAGCAGGUUAAAGUACAUGACAUUAUAUACAGUGGGAGUAUGUUGUACAUUCCACAGUUCCAUUCACAUCCGAAUCUUUUACAUGCACAUUCAUUGUAUUCGAUCCAAUCAACGUACUCACAGAGAGUCACAUUCUGGGACAGAUGUACUUGUUUGCCAGACUCAGUUCUUAAGAUAUUUAAAGAAAUGUUAGAUUUCUCUUUAUUACUUAACAUUCCUUUUUUAUUGCUUUGUAUCGGAAAUAUAUUUGCAUGUACUGGAUUUUUUAUUCCAUUUUAUUUCCUAGUUGAUAGAGCACUUAUAUUGGGAAUAUCGAAUACACAAGCAGCUUUUCUUCUUUCUAUAAUUGGCAUAACUAAUACAAUUGGACGACUUUUCUCAGGAAUGAUAGCCAAUCUGAAGAGCGUGGAUGCUUUAGUUGUAAAUAAUAUAGCCCUUUUGAUAGCAUCUGUGACUUUAUUUCUACAGCCACUGUGUACAGUAUAUCCUGCACUGGUAGCCUUCAGUGUUAUAUUCGGUUUGAGUGUAGCUGCAUUUAUAUCUUUAACAUCUAUCAUACUGUGUGAUUUACUGGGACUACAUCGACUUGCUAAUGCUUUUGGUCUGUUAACUCUUGCUCGUGGAAUAGCUGGUAUAGCAGGACCACCUGCAGCAGGAGCUGUUUUUCAAGCUACUGGAAAUUAUGAUGCCUCGUUCUAUUUUGGUGGUGGAAUGUUUUUCGUUGGAGCAUUAUUACAUUUAAUGUUACAUUUACCUUUUAUAAAACGUCGUAAUGACGCUGGCAAACCGGAAGCAGUUGUAAAAGAGACAUACGAGGAAGAUGAAGAAUUAACAAUUGGUAUCCUUGAUUUUAUAACAACCACUAUGUUGAUACCUAUGCUGGUCUACUUGCUAUAUGGUCUUUUAUUUGGUGCACACUUAAUAUAUUACGUGAUUCAAGGUUUGUGUUUAUCUAACAAGGAGAACAUUUUAAACCUGAACAGCAAGAAGAUGAAGACAUUGCCGAAGUCCCCCGACGGUGGAUGGGGAUGGGUCGUGGUAUCUAGUUCACUCAUGUGCAAUAUUCUAGUGGACGGGAUAGGAUUAGCAUAUGGUGUAUUACUACCAAAAUUUGCAGAUUACUUCCAGGCCUCCAAGAGUAAAGUGUCUCUAGUUGGAUCGGUAAUGAUUGGCACUUAUAUGUGUACGGGCCCAUUUGCAAGUGGAUUAGUGAACAAGUUUGGAUGCCGCAUGGUUUCUAUAGCAGGAAGUCUUAUAGCUGCAGCUGGUGUUAUCAUAGGAUCCUUUAGUCCAAACCUAGAUAUAUUGAUAGUGACAUAUGGUGUUAUUGGAGGUUUAGGUUUUGGUAUGAUGUAUCUACCUUCAAUUGUAAGUGUGGGUUUGUACUUUGACAAAAAGAGACCUAUAGCAACGGGCAUUGCCGUUUGUGGUUCCGGGAUAGGAACUUUUAUAUUUUCACCUUUCUUGGAAUUUCUAUCAGAAAUUUAUGAUUGGAGAAACGUAUUGAUGAUAAUGGCGGGUAUAAUCUUAAAUGGCGCUGUUUGUGGAAUGCUUAUAAGACCACUUAAACAAAAAGAAGUCGAAUGCGACUCGGAUCAUAUUUACGAUGAAGUAGUUGAGGUAGUUGAAGAAAAUGAAAGAGGAAAGUUGGGAGAGGAAUCUAGACCAUUUCUUCAAGUUGCACAACCUCAGAGCAAAAAGGAGCAGAAAACACCGAACAACGGACGAAUUACGAAAUCUUUGGAUGACAUGACGCAAUAUGAUAAUAAUUCAAUUAUAGUACGUGGUAAAAUUGGUGAGGGGAGUGUGACAUAUAAUAAACCAUUCAGAUCCUUGCCAAAUAUAAUGCACAGCAAUACGUCUAUCCUUUCUACUUUUCUACAACAAAAAACGUGUUCAAGUAAAUGUCAUGUUCUUGCGUCUUGUUUAACAGAAGUGUUCACUGAAGUUUUUGACUUUUCCCUUUUAGGCAAUGCUUCAUUUGUGUUGAUAUGUAUAGGAAAUAUAUUCGGCGCUGCGGCUUAUUAUAUCCCGUUUAUGUACCUAGUAGAUAGAGCUCUAAUGUUAGGAAUACCAAGUACAGAAGCUGCAAUAUUACUGUCUGUGAUAGGUGUCAUGAACAUAAUUGGUCGAAUACUAUCCGGAGUUCUAGCUAACAUGAAGAAGGUCAACGCUUUGGUGUUAAACAACAUUGCUCUUUUUAUAGCGGCCAUAGCGCUAUUUUUACAGCCUCUUUGUACAAAAUAUUCUCUCCUGGUGGUAUUCGGUGUAGUAUUUGGGUUAUGUGUAGCUACAUAUGUAUCACUUGCACCUAUCAUACUGUGUGAUUUACUAGGGGUUGAACGAUUAGCUAACUCAUUCGGAUUACUAGGUGUGGCUCGAGGAAUAGCAUCAGUUAUUGGACCUCUAUUAGCAGGAAUGAUUCUGCAAGCCACAGGAAAUUAUGAUGCAUCUUUUUAUCUUGGAGGAGGAAUGUUUUUGAUGGCAUCUAUCCUGCAUUUUAUGAUAAUGUUACCUUGUACAAAACGAUUGACUGACUUGCACGCGAAAAAAGAAACAGCUUCAACAUAACAUGUUCAAAUUUUGACAAUUACUAAAUAUUAUCAAAUUAUAUCAUUAAUCGCAUCAAACUAUUGAUGCAUGCUGACAGAAUAAGUCAUGUUAUAAAAUACUCAUUCAAGGAAUGAC